AUGCAAAGAUCGCCCGCACGCCGUUGGUAUUUACCCAGCGACACCGGCUCGCGAACCGUUUCACGAAUCGAAGCGAAACAGACGGAAAGAAGGAACGAGAAAGGGGAAGAUGGACACGAGGGGCCUGGACACGAGGAACGGAGACGCGAGGAACAGAGACACGAGCAGAGGUCGUUGGAGAGGGGCCAGAGGAGAGUCGUCGAGAAGUCCAAGAGGGCUUGGAAACGGGGUGGAGGUGGUAGCGAUGGUGGUGGUGGUGGAGGUGAAGCUGGUGGAGGUGGUGGUGGAGGUGGUGGUGGUGGUGGUGGUGGUGAGAGUGGUGGCGGGCCGAAAUAG